UCCACAAAACAGGCAUGCAGUCCUCAGGAAGACGUGUUGGGAGACGUGUUGGGAGACGUGUUGGGAGAUGACAGUGAUGUCCUGGUGGAAACAGAGCCAUCUGUUCCAGCUGUGAACUGCUCAGUCACAAACACCCAGCCGACUCAUCCUCCCCUCCAAACCUCCUCCAGCUGUUUGCGUCGUUCUCACAGCGUUCCCUCACUGAGUCUAACAACCUCUGCAAAGAACAAGACCUUCACCCGAUCAAAGAGCUUACCUGACAUGCUGUUCAAACCCAGCUGUGAGGAGUUCACCCCUGAUAUCACUGUUGAUGAAAACGAUGAAACCUACAGGUUCCAGUGCUCCUGCCCAGGCCUGUACCAGUGCAGUGUGACAGGCCUGCUGUUCCACAUGGAGGGAGAAGGGGACGUGGUUUACAGGAUCGUCCCCUGGAACAGGAGGCUACUGGCCCGACACCACAAGCAGCCUGCAGGACCCCUGUUUGACAUCAAAUGUCUGCAGCAGUCUGUGUGUCGGCUUCAUCUCCCACACUGUGAGAUCCGCUCCACAGGUGGAGGUGAGUUCUUGUCAGUCGCUCAUGUGAACGACGAGGGCAUCGAGUUUAUCGGCCCUCAGAAGAUCACAGAAACUCACGUUGUUAUAAACAUCACAGGGUUUUCUGGUUUCGGUAAUGUCAAGGAUGAAGACUCGCCGGCUGAGCCGGUCCGAGCGCUGGUUCUGCUGUUCUACAGGCCCCCGGCUGAUCCCGACGCUGAAUCCCUCCUCAACGUGUUGCUGCUACCGAGGAACGUGGUGCUCCGGGAUGUGCUGCGCACCAGGAAGAAAUUAGUUGGAGAUGAGAGCUACAUAGAGACGUCCCCACACUGUAAACUGCAGCCAAAGCAGGAAUACACACUGUCCACUUGUCCUGCAGAGGACUCAGUUCUAGUUCAACCAACAGAAGCAGAGUUUGACUGCGACAACUACGACAACUACUUCCCAUCAUUCCAGGUGAUUUUAGAAACAAUGAGGAAACACGUGAAGCUGUUUCUGAGAGACACCAACAGCUCCCACAGUGUCUGGGAAAGACGAGUUUGUCUCACUGGAGUAAAAAGGUCCUGUGGGCCGAGCGCUCUGAAUCUCUCUUCAGAUAAGAGGCUGUUGGACAUACGGAGCAGCUUCAUCGAUAGGAUAUCAGGACCGGUUCUCACAAGUCUGCUGGACAAACUGUUUGAGAAAACGGUGAUAGCCGAAGCUGAGAGGGAGUCAGCGGACGAGAUGCAGAACAGAAGAGACAAAGCUCGUUUUGUUAUCGACUCAGUGAGGAAGAAAGGUGAAGCUGCUAGUUCAGAGAUGAUUGAGUUCCUCUGUGAGGCCGACCCCUUCCUCUGUGAACAUCUCGGCUUGAUCUGAAGGCAAAUCAACAGGUGAUGCAGAACAUGUAACUGUAACUCCCACAAAAUACUUUUAACUGGAUCAGUCACUGUUUUGAUCUUUGUCACCUGGUUCUUACAGAUCACUGAUACUUUAUAUUUUAGUACACUUUUGAUGUUUGUUGUUAUGUUAUUCCAUUUACAUUUUGUAUUUUAUUGUAUUGCUUUCUGUAAGGUGCCAACAAGAACGACAACAAAGAAUGGUUAUUGUAAGGUACAUCUGUUUGCAGGUAGCCGUUUAUUUACGUGUUACUUCUUGUCAAUAGUAUCAACAACACUCUGAGUCUGCAGUCGAGUCAGAUUAAGUCCAGAUUGUUGAAGAAUUAUUGUGAGCCAGGUUCAGGUGUGAUGAAGAAGUUUCGGACACUGAUGAAGACUAAACAUAGCACGGUUUAUUGAGCCCGGCCGUUGUUUCUGUCUUCCUCUCAAACAAGGACUGUUAACAUGAGAGAAAUAACUAGAGCUGGAAAUUCAGUGAACACUUGUGGGGUCAGCUAAUGACUGUAAAGUUAGACCUGUCUUAUUUUUCCCUGUUACAUCAAUUAAACCCCGUAAGAAUAUUCUUUAACACAAAUGACCUCAUGUGGUUGAAGUGAAACAGUUGUUUUCUGCUUAGUAUUAAGUUAAUAAUAAAAGGCGCAUAAUUUUCCUUUUCUUUUACUGAUCCUUAUUAUAUCACACCUUAAAUGAUCUUAUCUUGGCAUCUCCAAGCAGUUUCAUUGAUGUUGUACCUUCAUCAGACAGCAGAUGGAGCCAUUUGCUUGUUAAUGGUCAGAGUGAGUUCUUGAAACUUGAUGUGAGGUUUAAAAGACUACACUGAC